AUGACCAUCCGGAAAUUGAGGCUACUGCUGAUCUUGGACACGUAUGGUCAAACGCCCAAGCUUCCACCGGGCGACGUUCUGAUCCAUGCUGGCGACAUCACUGUACAAGACACGCACAAAGAACUGCCCAAGUCCAUCGACGGGUUGGAGAAAGCAAAUUUCGCGGUAAAGAUAGUCGUGGCUGGUAGUCACGAAAAGGCUUGA